AUGUCUAGCACACACGUUGCUGCCUCUCCGCGCGCGCCGCGGGCCCACAACGCCUCAAAGCACAACGGCACUGCGUCGCCCAAUAACAACGGCGGCAGGGGUCAAAGGAGAAACAGAGGAAAUCGCGCGCACAAUGGUAAUUAUGAGAUAGCACACCGGGGAGUCUCUGGCAAUGCGCUUCAGGAGCCGUCGCUUUCCGAGAGCGCUGUCUUCUCGAGCGAGGAGGUACCUAUGGCUGUCGGGCCGCGACAGCCCAAGAAGCACACGCGCUCUCAACCAUCCGCCGAUCGUGUAGUCUCGCCUACUGGUGUAUACGCUGCUUCUCUCACGGAUACGGAAGUUGGUCCUGGUCAUUCUGCCGCGACACCUGCCAAACCCCAGGGCGCAUAUGCCGGCCCUACGUUCCAUGCUUCCCCGGCACCUUCUGCUCUUCCGAUUCCCAAAUUUCUUUCCAAAUCUGUUCCUCCCAAGACGCAUUCAGGUCCUCCAACCCCUCCACCCGAGGAGGGUUCAGAAUCCGGCUCUUCGCCCUCACCAUCACCUUCGCGCGGAGCCCCGAUUCCAAUUCCCUCGCGUUCGCACCAAAAUUCGCCUCUGGAUCUAUUAUUCAAAGCCGACCGAGCUGAAAAGGCCAGAAAUGUCAAUUGCAGUCCUCCUUUGGCGACUUUCCCUUCAACUGUUCCCACAAGCGGCGGCAGGCCGCAGCAUAUGAAACAUGACUCAUUCGGCUCUCUGAAUGCACCCUUUCCUAUCGAACUUGAGGCGAACAACCAGUCCACUCAUGUACCUCCGCCUGCUGCAAAUCAUCGAUCUGUUACUGCGCCUUCAAAGAUUCCACAGAUGGAGGCUUUUGCCCAACCCAAGGAAUCUGAUGCGAUCCAAGACCUCAUGAGUCGGCUUUCCAUGUCUCAGAACAAACCCUCCUCAUCUACUCCGCCGAGGACUGGAUCUACUGACCCGGCUUUGCAACAUCACAGCCCCUCUCCAUUCCAUGAUACCAGGCCAUCUCCCUUCCGCAGCACCUCCGGACCUACCACGCCUGCUCCUUCAACUCAAGUUCAAGAGGAUCCAAAAUUAUUCUAUGGUAAUCAAAACCUUUCUUCCAAGUUCAAAGCUGCCAAAACCGAUUCGGCUAAGCGCAACUCUGGUCUUCGAACCGAAAUCACUGCGGAUUCACCAAUUAUUCCUCAAGGCGGGUUUCCUCCUAUUGCGUUAAUGAACAAUGAUUCGAGAAGUAUGAUUGGGAAUGCAUUGAACGGUUCAGAUGGUCGGCGCCGUGGGUCGGCGCCGCAUAUUGCUUCUAUUCCACCUUACAGGGGCGUACCUAACAAUCAGAAUAUCCGGAGUCCCAACCGGCGCAGUUAUCAGGCUCAUUCGAACCAUACGCAUAUGAAACCUAAUGGCAACGUUAAUGCGGCCCCGACUGGUUCACCUGCUACGAUGCAGAAAUCGACUACUGCUAUGGCGUUUAUUCCUUCUUCUGUACGCGCGAAGCCGCCACCCACGCCUCCCCGGAAGGUAGAAAGUGACAACAUCGCUUUGGAACAAAACCUUAAACGUAUGCUUAAUUUGGGUUCUGGAGACACAAACGGCUUCCGGUGA